GUUAGCCCGCACGUGGUUCCGCGCGGCUCGAGGUGCUCGUGGGUCAAAUGCGAGGACGACUCCUGCAGCAGCCAAAUUGUCGCUUAAUUAACUCAGCCGAUAGCAGGGAAGUUAUAAACUACACACACACCGGACAGAGUUACCGUCUCACUCGCCCCCGUGACAGACGAACCAGACCGAGCCUUGAACGCGGCUCGAGUCGGCAGUGCUGAGAUGUGUGUUUGCUUAACACGUCGUGGAUUUAACAAUGUUGUGGAUUUGCUCUCCAACACAUGUGCUGUACAUAGACACGUGUGUGGAUAUCGCAUGCUGCAAUUAAACGUGUGCGCGCUUGCCUUCGACGCGUUAGCAGCUAACGCAGCCGGGCCGUCAAGUGCAGUCGAAGAACUUUCAAGUGCGUGGCCGCUGGUAGUGGCGUACUAAUAAUUAUAAUCAUUAAUCCUGCAACGAUAGUGCUACGGCUACAGUGUUAUUGCAUAGAGACCGCAGGGAUAUAUAUCCAGUGAUGGUGCAUCUCACUUGCAGGGGCGGAACAGAUGACCACCACCAACAUCAUCGUGAGUGAUCGUCACCGUGACCCAUGACUGCUGCUGUUGCCAUGCGCCGGGUCUCCACAGAUUGCACCGCUGCAGCCUUCGAUUCGGCGAGAGCCGUCAUAUUGUUGGCAAUGACGCCGUGAAGCUGGAGGGGGGCGUCAUCUUAACUCGAAAGGGAAAUUGGUGGAAGACGCUAGACGGACUGAUGAACCCAUUGACCCGGCACGGCUGCUGCACAUGAUAUAGUGUGAAACAUAAUACCAUACCUGUCAACCCCAUAUCAGUGCCUACCUUAUUACACACAAAUUGAAACCUCAUUGGUCACCCAGUGCCCCUUAUACAUCUGAACGUUCACCCCGUCACAAGGGAGAAAUACAACUAGAAUUUUUUUUGCCCGUAUUGGAACGGCUGUAUGUCGUAUGGACCCUGAAAACUCAAUUUCCCUGUUACAAGAAUACGGGGUAAACCGUAAUGCGUUUAACAAGAGCUGCAAAGGUGCAAUACGCAAUGACGGUGUGAACUUCGAUGUCCAGAUAGAAAAAUUGCACGACCUUUAUUGAACCCGAUAAGAGCCGUGUGGUUAUACAAACAAUCGAAUAGUUUGGCAAGAAUAAUAAUCAACAUUAGGCACUUUUCGUGGUGAAAUCAACAAUGCAAUCAAACUGAUGAUGAUUUCAUCAGUUGGAUUACAUAUACAUUGAAAACUAAUUUCUUUAGGACUGCUUUUUGUGUUAAGUUUGUUGUCCUUCCCCCCGCACCUCCGGUUGGCUACUUACGGUGCAAAAUAAGUUCAACAUACAAACUCAUAAACAUUGCAUCAACAACAGCAGAAAUAUCUUAAUCAGCGUCCUCACCAUCAGCAGCAGCAUUAAUGUUAUCAACUUAUUGAAGCCAUUUCAUUAACAUUGCCAUCAACAGCAUCCACAUAAACUUUUUCAAGUGAGAUAAUCAGCAUCACCACCGUCAGCAGCAGGAGCAGCACAGACAUUGACGGCCAGAGUUGAGAGCGACCGGCAAGAACUCCGCCGCGAUGUGGCCGUGUCACCAGCUCCCGUCAAGAAGAGUGGUCGUCACUCUCGUGUGGGGGGCCGUGGUGACCCGAGCCGGGCCCUCCACGACUCCGCUUCGUACCGCCUGCUCCGUGUGCCCCCCCUGCGUGCGGGCGCGGGGGGGUCUCCGCCCUGCACCACUGCCACCGUCCCCCCCUCGGCCCGGCAGCCGGUGGAGACCCCGGCUGCUGCUAACGUCGCCGCCGCUGUGGGGCGACAGCGCAGUGGGCAUGGGUAGACACUUCUCUUCUGAUCCCUCACAGGCAGCCCUUGCCAGUGUCAUCCCUGUGUUUAGCGUGAUGAAGUUCGACAAGACCGGCCUGGUGUGUUGUUUCGAGCGCCGCAAGACGGAGCUCUACACGGAGCUGGGCCUCCAGGCGCGAGACCUGCGCUUUCAGCCUCCCGUUGGCAUCUUCACCCGCAACAACCGCAUCAUCCUGCACAUGGAGCAGCUGAAGGCCGUGGUGAGCACCGACAGCCUGCUGGUGCUCGACUACCGUCACCCGAGCCUCGAGUCGUGGCUGCAGGCGGAGCUGGGCCCCCAGCUGGCGGGGGAGGGGCAGCUCGCCUCCUACUCGCUGCCCUUCGAGUUCUGGGCCCUCGAGGCCAUCCUGCAGCACCAGCUGAGCGAGCUGCAGAGCCGCCUCGGCGACCUGGAGUCGGCCAUCAUGGCCAUCCUGGAUGCCCUCGUUGACCCCAAACUCCUGUCCAUCGACCGCGGGAAACUCCACCUCCUCCUUCAGAGCAGCAAGAGCCUGUCGGAGCUGGAGACGGACGUGCGUGUGCUCAAGGACGUUCUGCUGAAGAUCCUGGACGACGAGGAGCUCAUGGAGGAGCUGUGCCUCAGCAAGUGGAGCAACCCACGAGCGUACGAGGCGAGCAGCGUGGGCAUGGACCACGCGGACGAGAUGGAGCUGCUGCUCGAGGUGUUCCUGCAUGAGGCCGACGCACUCUUCAAUGCCGUGCGCGAGCUCAAGGGGCUCAUCGACGACUCGGAGAGCGUCAUCUUCCUCAACCUCGACAGCCACCGUAACGUGAUGAUGCGGCUCAAUCUGCAGCUCACCAUGGGCACCUUCUCCCUGUCACUGUUUGGGCUGAUUGGCGUUGCCUUUGGCAUGAAUCUCAACUCGUCGCUCGAGGAGGACCCACGUGUGUUCUGGCUGGUCACGGGGCUCAUGCUGCUGGGGAGCGGUCUCAUGUGGAGGCGACUUCUCUCCUUCCUGGGGCGACACCUGGACCCCUCGUCUCCCCCGGUCGUGCCGUCGUUUGUGCGUCGCACGCAAAGCAAGUCUGCAGCUGCCGCCUCCUCCUCGCCAUCCCAGGCGCCCAGUAAGGCCACCCUGCCCCUGCUGCCCAGCCUGGCUGGCCAGAAGAACCCGCUGCUGCAGAGAUGAUGCUGACGUGAGGGCGCGCAGAUAAGCGAGGAGGACGGUGGGAAGCGCUGUCAUAGAGCCAUACUGAAUGCCGAUGACCCAGGGCCGUUGGGUACUCGGUCUCUGCUGGUGAUUGAAUGAACGAAUGCCCGUCAGGAAACGACGCUUUCUAUAUCUCGUAAAAAAAAAAUGAAGCCAACAAUUGUGAGAAACUGCGGAGGCAGUGGUGCACAGAUCACAAAACAUCCAAAUACCCUCGUCAAAAACACUGUGGCCUUAAAAUUAAAAAUAUAAAAUACGCGUUCAUUUGGGGGCAUUUUAUCAGGACUUUCUCCACAGCACAAAAAUGUGGUCAUUAUUUCCGUUUCGUGCUUUUCAUUUAACCAGUGAAGAGGGUUGUUGUUUUAUUAGUUAACCUCGUGUAUUGGUUUUCUUGGUGUGGUGGUUGGUGGCGAGUGUUUGGACACACUGAGCUGCUCCUGUCCCAGUGUCCGUGGUUGUCAUUGUCACGACCGGAGACUCGUCUGCUGUGGAUGAUGCUCUCAUUUAUCCAGGAUCUCGUUGGCCUCUCACGGCCUUGCUUGAACCUGACAACUGAACCCGUCGGUCGCUUACAGUGCCGGGGUUGGUGGGGCACGUCAGCACCGCGGCGACUCGAACUCGAGGUCGAACUUUGGACCGUGCGGAGUGAAAUGGUUGCGUGGCGGCCGUGGUGGGAAUUGAACAACGCCUCCGUGCUACCACUUUCCUUUGUUCCUCUUUCAGGCAUGGAGCCGGUACAUUCACAAAAUUCAAUCAGCUAUUGAAAAGGAAGAGGUCUCAUUAGGUAUCAUUGAGGUGUCUAUAAAUGGUUCACCCUGUAUAUGUACGUAGUUUACAUGUAAACAAUGUUGUACUGUAUAGGUAAUAUGUGGGCAUCAUAAGUCACGUCAAAGUGUUUCACUGUUCAUGAUUGGCCCUGAGCCAAUCGUGAACAGUGCUAUGGCAAGGGCCACUUUCUACACAGGACAACGCACUGUGCAUUUUUGACAAAGUGAUAAUUUUAUCGAUCAAGGUGGGAAGAUGGACUGCACUGAACCUCAACCGGGAUGUGAUCUCGCGACCUUCCAAGAUGAGUGCUGCGACACGCUCGCCGUGCGACUACAUUACCUGUGGUGUCGCGGUGUCUCCCCGCUCAAACGAGCAGUGGCUGGUGGUGCUCCUCUCCCUUGGUGGCCACAAACCAGUGGUGGAAAUUCCACAUUCCCAUGCUGGAGGGACAGCCUAUUCAUAGGGCGAUCACUUUUGACUUCUUACGAAGUGCUGCCUACGUGUGUGUGCGUGUACCGAUGUUUGUUUCUUCAUUUGUAUGUAACAUGCAAUUCUUAAAAGCAAUAAAGGCAAUAUUUAUGUAUAAUUAA